AUGUGGUCGGGUGACACUCGAGAAGCUGAAGACGAAAGGGAGGGGGAGUCAGCAAUGAGCGAUUCACAGGUUGGUGGGAGUAGCUGCACCCAGUACAGGUGCACGAGGGAACCUACUCGCGGUGUUGCGGGCCAGAAGGCAGGGUUCUGCUCACGGCAUUCUCUUGCGGCUUCAGUCAACGUGAGCAAGGAGUGCAACAUUGGCGGUUGUUCUACGCGUGCGCAUUAUGGCCUGGCGGGCAGCAAGAAGCGGGAGAAAUGCGCUAGCGAUGGUUGCUUCACGAUAGCAAGCUUUGGUGUCGCAAGCAGCAAGAAGAAGGAGUUCUGCUCCAAGCAUGCACUCGAGGGCAUGGUCAAUUUAGUGAGGAAGGCGUGCGCGAGAGACGGCUGCUUCACGUCCGCGAGCUUUGGCGUAGUAGGUGGGCCGACGGAGUUCUGCGACAAACAUGCGCUGGAAGGGAUGGUCAACCUCUCCAACAGGAGAUGCGCUAGCGAUGGUUGCUUCACGACAGCAUAUGUUGGUGUCGCAGGCAGCAAGAAGAUGGGAUUCUGCUCCAAGCAUGCACUCGAGGGCAUGUUCAGUCUUGAGCAGACCACGUGCGUGCGAGAAGGCUGCCGGAACGGAGCAAAGUGCGGCCUGUCUGUUGAAAAAAAUUCUGCAAGGGGCAUGCCCUUCAAGGGAUGGUCAGCGCAACAAGGAGAAUCUGCGAACACGAGGGCUGCGGGAAGAGAUCCAUCUAUGGUGUUGCAGACGGCAUGGCAGUUCGAUUUUUCAAUAAAGCUUCUGUUUUGCUUUUCUACGCCUUUGUCAACGGUUCAAACCAACCCGUCAUUUAUGGUGGUUGUUGCAGGUACCACGAAGCCGGUGGCCUGCUCCGAGCAUGCGGCGGAGGCAAUGAUCAAUGUUGUUAACAAGGAAUGCGGGCGACCUGGUUGCCAAAAGCAGCCGACCCAUGGUUUGCCAGGCACCAGGACGCGGGAAUUCUGCUUCGCCCACGCCCCGAUGGAGAUGAUCAACCUGCACAUCAACAUGUGUGGCGACGAAGGAUGUUCCAAACAAAGGAGCCACGGCGUGCGAGCCCGUGCGACGGCGAGCGACCCCGCUCGGCUAGGCGGUGCCUCGAUGGCUGCGUCCGAUGCCUCGCCGUCUCCCGAACAAGUUGCGGGCGUGGAGCAAGAACGCCCACCAUCGCCAUCGGCAGAACAUGAGUCAGCAGCAUCGGCAGGAGGCGCAGGGGCGGUCGACGAACGGAACCCUUCGCCAGUCGUCGCCGCUUUCGAGAACUCCAAUUUUAUCGUUUAG